CUCUCUCUUUGCCUCUAUCACUUUCACUUACAGGCUUGUUCCCUUUAUUCUUAUAUCUCUAUGCAGCAAGCAGAAGUAAAAGAGCAGACAACCAAAUAUAUCGUUGACAUAACCAAUAAAGUUUGUUUGUACAAUUUGUAUUCAUUUGUUUGGCUUUUUUAAUUUUAUUUUUUUAAUAAUGAGAACCUGUGUGGUCUGCAAAAAAUUUUCAAUACCUGGAGACAACAGUCGCAGUUUUCACAAGUUCCCCGAUGAUUGUGUAUUAAGAGACAAAUGGAUGUUGGCACUUGGAAUUUCAUCAGUGGCAACAAGUACAACAGUCUGCAGUGAUCAUUUUGAUGAAAAUGCUUAUCACAAAACAGAUGGAUACACUACUUUGAAGCGUUUACUGCAUGAUGCUAUUCCUAUCAGUCAAUCAAGUGUAGAAUGUGAUAAAUUAAGUGACUGUGCACAAACAUCAGCAUACACUGGUACAUCUGAAAGCAGCGUGUCAAUGCCAGCAGAUGACGAUUUAACUAAAAUUGCAUCGAUACCAACUGAUGAUAUUAGCAAUAUCACUGCUUCGAUUCCAACGGAUUCUGCUGUGUUCAAUGAACCUACUUCGGUGACAAAUGAUGACUUUGAGAAUGAAUCUCAUACACGUGUAUCUGAUAAAAUUGCACAUUCCAAUAAAUCAUUGUUGGCUGCUGACGUUGAUGAUAGUUACGAGAACAGAAAAAGGUAAAGUUAAUGGAUAGUGAAAUUAAAAUAAAAAGACAUUUUUCCGAUGAAGCGUGGAAACGCUUCUUAAGAUACAAAAUUAGUAGAGACAAACAGCAAGACAAAAACAGGAAAAAAAGUUCCCGGAUUUCAGAAAAACUGAGAAAUAUCAAUGACCUAGUACAAAGUUUGAAAGAGAAAGAAAGCUUAUCUGCUGCAGAGUUUUUAGAGGUUUUAUGAUUUGAUUCAGCAACAUUAUGAAUUUGAAUUUGUACAUAACUUUUUUUUUUAACUUUAACUCUGAUCAACUGUAUUAAUUGAUUUUUACAAUUUUUUUACUCGUUUUUAGCAAACUACUUUUACGUUGUUUAAAUUUGAAAUGAUAACAAAAUAUACAGUAUUUGUCACUAAAUAAUUAUGUUAUCAUCUAAACUGAAAAUCUAAGUCACGAAUUUUUUUAUUAUUAUCAGUCGUAUAUAUGUUUUAUUUCAUAAACUUUAAUAUAUUUUGUACAUCUGUGACCCGGCCUCCGUCGAUCGGUGGACGUUCGUCCCGUCCCGGCCGACGGGGUGGUCGUUUCGGUUUCGCUGGUCGACCGUGUUUCGGUGUCGGUAGCCCUGGCGUAGCUCGCCGGAUGUCCAGGGGUCUUUGUAGUGCGAGUGUGCGAGCGUGUGAGUGGAUGAGUGAGUGAGUGAGUGAGGGAACGAAUGAUCGAAUGCGCGUGGAAAUAAUAAGCUGUUUAUUUAAUUAUCCCACGUCGUUUGCUACACGAUAAUCUUAUCGAUGGGCCGUGCUUUAAUUUCGUCGUUUCAAACCAGCUACUAUUCAGGUGACAAUACUGGCGACGGAAUCCCGUGUUUAUAUUGCGGCCGUGUAUUGAUGGCUCGCUCGAUGUUUCGGCGGAUCGAUGUUUCCCGGAAUAUAUUUAGAGCAGACGUGUCGCUCGCUGCGAGGAUCCCGCGGUGUCAGCGGAGAGCGGGCGCGGUAUUAGCGUCUCGGCGUGUUGAUGUUUCGCGGCUUUAAAUUUGACGGUCUCGCAUCGGAGUGCAACGGCGGAAUGCACCUGCUCGACUCGGCGUCGCGGUACGCGGUUCGCGGUGAUUGCCGCACGCGGAGUGCCCGCGUCGGUCGACUCCCGGAGCGGAGGACACGCGGUAUCGUGCCUCCUUACAGGAACGGUGGAGUCGGCCGGGCGAGCCUAGCCAACGUGCAGCCGGCGGCGGUCGGUGGUACCUCCGGUGAGGUGCGGCGGAAAGACACGCGUUGUCUCUAGUUACGCGUUCGCAUGCCCCGGAGACGCAGAGCCUAACGACUAGAGUGGAGUGGCCGAGGUUGAGAACGCUCAACAGAGGCGGCGAACACACCACCCCAACUCGUGCCGAUCCCCGGGUCUGCCGCGGGCAAGAAGACCGGGAGCUCCCGGUGGAGACGGCGAACGCACCGUCCCGAAAUGGAAGUUGUUGUGAAUCCGGUGCCCGCGACUUCCACGGGAGAGACCGCAUGCGCACGACCUCAGACUUUCCGGAUGACAGGAUGUCGAUUCGGCUGCGAACUCACAGCAGCGACGGCGUACGCACCGUCGCGGUCCCUCGACCUAGGGAUGGG